AUGGAAUAUAAUUUGGAUUAGAAAGAUCACUUCCUAAGUUUUGCUUUAAGUAUUUUAGAGUAGAAAAAAGUAUUUUCACAGUUUUAAAUAUUUGGUCCUGAAUUUAGGAAAGAAGUUCAAUAAAUCCAAUCGAAAACUAAUAGUUUCAUUACUUUAAAGAAAUUAAUAUAGGAAAACUUCGAUUCCUUACCAUAAAAAGACAUUAUUCAAGUUGAAUCUCUAAUAUAAGUAUUAUGAUCAUCAUUUUAGAAUUAUAAUAUUAUUAUUAUAGAGUUGGAUUUAAAAGAUGAGCCUUUAAUAAAAGAAUUUAACAAUAUUUAAUUGAAUGAAUUUGAUUAUAAAGAUUUAUUGAAUAAGAAAACUAAAGAAAAUUUAGAAUUUUGGGAAAGUUAAAAAAGAUUAGGAUAAUUAUAUUAAAAAGAAAUAAAAAAUUUGAUUAAAUUAAAGGAUUAAAACGAGACUUUAGUUUAUGUGGUCAGAUAAAUGGUUAAACAUGAUGACAUAAAGAGCCAUUUUUUGGAAUAUUUUAUUAUAAGGUAAAAUGAAAAUAACACUGAAGAUCUUUGUUUAGAUUAUAUAAAUAAUGGAAAUGAAAAGUAUUAACCAUAUACAAUAUUUAAUCAAUUAUUUGAAGAUUCAGUAAUUAAUCCAAUUGUAAAAUUAUCAAAAUUAAAUAAAUAAGCUGAUUUUUUUUAAAUAUAAUAAUGUUUAGAUAUGAUAACUACUAAACCUAUAUAGGUUUAUAAUAAAUUAAUUAAAAUUUUUAAAAAUUGUAAGAUAAUAAUAAGAUGGGUUAAUGUAAAAUAAUUGAAUAUUCAUAGUUAUUAUAAAACUAUCUUUAAUAAUUCCAAUAAAUAAAUAGAGUUAAAUAAGAAGAAAAUAAACUUUAAGAAAUUAAAGAUUAUCUCUUUUAAUGUUAUAAGCAAUUAAAUAAAAAUUUUCACGAUGAAUUUUAUGAUGUGAGGAAAGAGGGUUCAUUUGAUAUUUUCUUAAAUUUUCAAGAUCAAAGAAAAGAUUGGGAACCUAGAAGUGGUACAUCUUUUAGCAUUAUUUUGUAUUAAAUUAAAAAAGAUGCUUUAUUCUUCUACUAAAAAUAUCAAAUUGGAUCAGAAAGUAUGAGUAUAUUAGCAAAACUGGAAUUUCCUACUUUUGUAAAGCAAGAUAAUUCAUUUUUUUUUAAAUCUCAUCAUGAUAAUUAAUAUGAAGAUAAUUAAAUUGAUUUAGAUUAACUUAGUUUGGUUGAAAAAGAAAAUGGAUAUAUGGUUUAUAAGUAUUUAUCUAAAUAGAUUUUAGCUUUAAAUUUGAAUUAAAAGAAGAAAAUUAGUACCUGUUUUAAUCAUAAAAUACUAAAUACUAUGAUUUAAUUAUGGAGUAAAUAAUGAAAUAUUAUUAAUAGAAUAAUAAUUAAAUGUAUUGCCAGGAAGGUGAAAAUUAUUAUAUUUAAUCCCGCAGCUAGAAAGUUCUAAAAUAAAAUUUAAUAAAUUGAAAAAAUUUGA